AAGAGGAAGCGAGGCGAACCCCCCGGCCCAUGCCGCAACCACGGCCCAGGACCCGCCACGGCGCCCGCGCCGCCGCCCUCUCCAGAGCCCACGAGACCUGUAUGGACGGGCAUGGGCUUGAGAGCAGCACCUUCCUUCGCCGCCGCCGCCGCCGCCGGGGCUGAGCAGCGCCACCGCCCCCGGCCCUGUCCGCCGCCCCUGGCGCUGCUGUUGCUGCUGCUGCUCAGCCUCGGGCUGCUCCACGCAGGUGACUGCCAACAGCCGGCCCAAUGUCGAAUCCAGAAAUGCACCACAGACUUUGUUUCCCUGACUUCUCACCUGAACUCUGCCAUUGACGGCUUUGACUCUGAGUUUUGCAAGGCCCUGCGUGCCUAUGCAGGCUGUACCCAGCGAACUUCAAAAGCCUGCCGUGGCAACCUGGUAUACCAUUCUGCUGUGUUGGGUAUUAGUGACCUCAUGAGCCAGCGGAACUGUUCUAAAGAUGGACCCACGUCCUCUACCAAUCCUGAAGUGACCCAUGACCCUUGUAACUAUCAUAGCCAUGCAGGAGCCAGAGAACAUGGGGGAGGGGACCAGAACCCUCCCAAUUACCUUUUUUGUGGCUUGUUCGGAGAUCCUCACCUUAGAACUUUCAAGGAUCACUUUCAAACAUGCAAAGUGGAAGGGGCCUGGCCACUCAUAGAUAAUAAUUAUCUUUCAGUUCAAGUGACGAAUGUGCCUGUGGUCCCUGGAUCCAGUGCUACUGCUACAAAUAAGAUUACUGUCAUCUUCAAAGCCCAUCAUGAGUGUACAGAUCAGAAAGUAUACCAAGCUGUGACAGAUGACCUGCCAGCUGCCUUUGUGGAUGGCACCACCAGUGGUGGGGAUGGUGAUACCAAGAGUCUGCGUAUCGUAGAGAGGGAGAGUGGCCGCUAUGUGGAGAUGCACGCCCGCUACAUAGGGACCACGGUGUUUGUGAGGCAGCUGGGUCGCUACCUGACCCUUGCCAUCCGGAUGCCCGAAGACCUGGCCAUGUCGUACGAGGAAAGCCAAGACCUGCAGCUGUGUGUGAAUGGCUGCCCCCUGAGUGAACGCAUUGAUGAUGGGCAGGGCCAGGUGUCUGCCAUCGUAGGGCACACCCUGCCUCGCACUGCCUUGGCACAGACCUGGCCUGGCUACACACUGGAGACUGCCAACACUCAAUGCCAUGAGAAGAUGCCAGUGAAGGACAUCUAUUUCCAGUCCUGUGUCUUUGACCUGCUCACCACUGGUGACGCCAACUUCACCGCCGCAGCCCACAGUGCAUUGGAGGACGUGGCGGUGCUGCACCCAAGGAAGGAACGCUGGCACAUCUUCCCAAGCAGCAGCAAUGGGACUCCCUAUGGAGGCAGUGACUUGUCUGUUGGUCUUGGACUCACAUGCUUGUUCCUCAUUCUGUUUUUGUAG